GACAUCUCAGAUGCCCCUCCUGUGGACCCGAGAGACCCGAGCGAGAGGAAGCGAGCUCGGAUCGAGGAGCAGACUCAACCGGUGGAGGCAGCAGAGUCUGCGCCAGUGGAGACCGAGGGGCCAGGAGAUGACGACGGAUCGCUGAGUGGAGGUGAAGCGAAGGCUGAUCCUUAUCUGGCAUUUGAGGAUGAGCCACUGAUGCCAGAAGUGGUGGCUUCCGAGUCUUAG